GGUGCCUGUGAAGUCAUGUGAUCAAGAAGGCGGGCUCUGACCUUCAUAUAAAAAUGAAAGAUGAAGCAUUGGGACGUCUUGUUCACAAUCAAAGCUCAGACAGAAACACCCUCUUUCUCUGAAGUCAAAGUAAGAAAAAAGUCUUUUUCUGCUGUGGAAUGAUGAAGAUCCUGUUGGUGACUCUGCUUCUUGUUGGGCUGAUCAUGAGUGGUUCUGCCUUGAAAUGUAACUACUGUAUUACAUCUGGAGCUGGAAGCACUUGCAGUGUCACCAAAGAAACCUGUGGCUAUAAGAAAGAUGCCUGCAUCUCUGCCUUUUUCACCACUGCCCCCUAUUCCCGCUUCAGAAGGUGCAUUGCUAUGUCUGACUGCGAAAUCAUGAAGAUGCUCUCAAACCUCAACUUCCGAUGCUGUCAGACAGACCUUUGCAAUUAGGUCACAGAGACCCACUCACACUUGGUAGAGCUUGAAAUUGGCAAAUUAAUCAAAGGCAUAGAUUCAUAAUAAAGAUGAAUAUUAUUCAAA